GCUACAAUCGCUUUCGAUUGAAUAGUGUUCUUUGGUGUGCUCCGUUGUUCGUUUGUCGUUUCUUUCUGUUGUUUAUGGUUUGUGGCCCAUCCCAGUUCGCUGUGAAUGUGUGUGCCGUUUCCAUAAUAAAGAACGAUAAAUUUAUGGAUAACAUCUUUUUUUGAUAAGCUAAGGGGCGAAAAUGCCUGAGGAUAAGAAAAUGGCAGUUGACAAUGAUACUCUUUCUUCCAAAAAGUCUUCCACUAUUAUCCGUAGUAGUGGAAGCACCACGGCGCAGGUUACUAUGCUAGAUGGUUCGAUUUUGCCUAUUGUUAUAGACAAAAGAGCCAAAGGAAAGGAUCUUCUGGACAAAGUUUGUGAAGCGAUAAAUUUAAUAGAAAAGGACUAUUUUGGUCUAGUGUAUGCGGAUAGACACGAUCCUCGUAAUUGGUUGGACCUAGAAAAGAGAAUAGGCAAGUUUAUGAGAGCGGAACCAUGGAUGUUCAGCUUCGAAGUGAAAUUUUACCCUCCAGACCCCGCUCAAUUGCAGGAGGACAUUACUCGCUACCACCUGUGUCUUCAAAUUCGAAACGACAUUUUAAACAAUCGUUUGCCUUGCUCUUUUGUUACUCACGCGCUUUUAGGAUCUUAUCUCGUCCAAUCCGAACUAGGAGAUUACGAUCCAGAAAAUAUGGGGAAGAAUUACUUGAGCGAAUUCAAAUUUGCACCGAAUCAGACUCCGGAUUUAGAACAAAAAGUUAUGGAGUUACAUAGAACUCAUAAGGGACAAACACCUGCAGAAGCUGAAUUACAUUAUUUAGAGAACGCUAAAAAAUUAGCCAUGUAUGGGGUUGAUUUACAUCCCGCAAAAGAUUCGGAAGGAGUUGAUAUUAUGUUAGGUGUUUGUGCUUCUGGUCUGUUGGUGUAUAGAGAUAGACUUCGGAUAAAUAGGUUUGCUUGGCCAAAAAUUAUUAAAAUUAGUUAUAAAAGGCACAAUUUCUAUAUUAAGAUUCGUCCAGGCGAUUUUGAACAAUUCGAAUCGACAAUCGGGUUCAAAUUGGCCAAUCACAGGGCAGCUAAGAAACUAUGGAAGACAUGUGUGGAACAUCAUACAUUCUUCAGAUUGAUGUCACCCGAAAUUAGUCAAAAAUCGUCAUUUCUUCCAAAAUUGGGAUCAAAAUUCCGUUAUUCAGGUAGGACUCAUUAUGAGACCAAGAAAACACCAAUUGAACGUCCAGCUCCACAAUUUGAACGAUCAUUAACUGGAAAACGCUUGGCUUCUCGCAGCAUGGAUCCACUUAGUGGAUUACGACCCGACGAAGAUUUUAACGAAGCGAAUAAACGACAUACCAUGUCUCAUCCGCCCGAGCACAUACCGGAUAUUGAUAAUCAAACACCGGCAACUGUGAAAUCUCCCAAGGAGAAAAAAGAAAAGGAAAAGAAAUCGAAACCUGUUGGUGGAGUCGCCGUGCUUCCCGCUGGAGGUUUGUUUGGUAAAAAAGGUGAUAAAGAUAAAGACAAAGAAAACCGAGACGUCAAUGCUCCACAACAAAACGGAGUAGAUGAAUCUCAGUUGAACACGAGUAACGAAAGUGAUAGGUCACCUCACGAUAAAAAGGAUAAAGGAAAGAGUCCUGGUUUUCUGUUUGGUUCCAAAAAGGAAAAAUCCCCGAAAGACAAAAAAGAAAAAGAGAAAGUCGCUGCUACAUCCGGCAAAGACAAAGGUGGACCUCCCGUUGGAUCUCCCCAAUUGCCCGGUUAUACCAGAGAGUACGAUUAUGAAACUCCCGACGAUCAAGUUACGCCCAGAAAACCCUUCACUCAAGGUUUUAGUUACGAGAAACCUGGUUCUCCAACAACUCCCACCGGUGCUCAAGAAGUACCUCAUUCUCCAACUAAAAGAGCUACUGCUACUGCGUUUAACUAUGCUCCUGGAGAAGUUGGUAAAAUUAAAAAAGAUCCGCAUCUUAGAGAUCCCAAAGCUGAUAGUGCUGCCUUUUUGGCAGGAGAACAAUAUCUGCACCAAGCUCCACCAUCGUCACAAUCACCUAAAUCAGCUGGAUCUCCUACAGUUGCUGCUGCUGCUAUUGCUGGUGCUGGUCCCAGAAAAACAAGACCUAUUACUUUAUAUGUUGUUACUGGUAGUAGAGAUCCCAAAACAGGUUACAUUGACGUGGCUUCUGCAACAGUUGAUAAAACGGUCGGACAACAAAAUGUAGAUACGGGACUCAUUGACUGUAAAUAUGGAUUAAUAGAUCCUUCAAACGGUACAAUUAUUAUUACAGAUCCUACAAAUGGGCAAAAAGAAGUUGUCCAAGGUCACAUAGAUCCAAUUACAAAACAGAUAAUCAUAACUUCGGGGUCUGUCAUUGAUCCCAAAACAGGCAAUAAGAGCUCAAACUUGGGGCAAAUUAUCGCUAUUUGUGAGCCAAGACCUAAGGGUGCUAACAAACUGGUAACUCCACCUAAUAAACGUAUUAUAAAGAUUACUGUAACCACCGCGAAGAAAGAUCCCAAAUCUGGCAGAGUUGAAGCAGAAAAAGGUCAUACAGAAACGCUGGACGCUAUUUUAGACCCAGUUAGUGGAAGAAUCGAUUCAAAAUAUGGAAUUAUCGAUCAAAUAAAUAGCACAAUCACUUCAAAAGAUCCAAAAUCCGGUAGGGUUGAACAGUACCCUGUGGAAAUCGAUAGUAACUUGGGCCAUAUUGUUGUAAAACAAGGAGUGGUAGAUCCCAAAUCUAACAAAAUUGAUAACAGCUUGGGACAGCUUAUUAAGAUUUCAGAACAAGGUGAUUCUAUUGUUCCUGUCACAGCUGUAACAGCCCAAAGAGAUCCAAAAACUGGUCAAUUAGAUCCAUCUAAAGCUCAUAAAGAAACGACCAAUGGCAAACUCGAUCCCAAAAACGGUUUGAUCGUCACAAAAUAUGGAUCAGUCAAUGUUAAUGGCAAGAAGAUUGUUAGUCGCGAACCUAAAACUGGCAAAGUUGAAGAACAUCCUAUACAGUUUGAUUCAAAUGACAAUAUUAUUGUAUUGAGCGGUGUUAUCGAUCCAAGAACAGGUGCCAGAGAUAACAAUUUGAGUCAAAUUUUGCAAAUAGAUUCUGAAAUUGAACCAGAUAUUGUUGUUACCUCUCAAGCUGGAAAACUCGACAAAAAAGGUCUCGACCCCAAAACUGUAACUGCUCCAGAAAAAUCGAUUGGUAUGUACGAUCCAGAAAAUAACAAAGUAUAUACUAAAUAUGGAGUAAUAAACCUAAUACACGAAACCCUAUCCUUUAUUGAUCCUAAAACUGGGAAAACCGAAAUUAAACAAGGGAUCAGAGAACCUUCCGGUGAUAUACUGUUUAAAGGACUGGUUAAUCCUAAAACAGGAAAAAUUGACAAGGAUUAUGGUAGAGUUAUUAAACUUGAACUAAGUGAAUCAAAGGUAGAUCCUUCUGUAACCAGUACACCCUUGAAAACAGAUAAGAAGAGCGUACCUGUAUCUUCUGUAAAAGUACCAAGUCCUGUAGCACCUACAGGAAAGGGUAAAGUUAUUAAGAUAUUAACGGUUACUGCUAAGAGAGAUCCAAAAUCUCAUCAACUAGAUCUUGAACAUGGUCAUGUUGAUCAGUCAGCAGGAAUUCUCACUCCCAAUGGAGAAAUAGAAUCUAAAUAUGGAUUAAUCAAUCCCAAGAACGCAACGAUUACAAUAUUAGAUCCAGUCACUGGUAAACAAGAAGUAGUACAAGGACAAAUUGAUCCAGCAACAGGACAAUUACAAUUUGUUGAAGGACCUGUAAUUGACCCUAGAACUGGGAAAAAAGAUAAUAAUCUAGGUCAGAUUAUUGCUAUUGCUUCAUAUGAACCUAAAGAGGGAACACCAAUUAAGAACCUACUUCCCUCGCAUCCUGUUCCCAAGAAGAGAGUUAUCAAAAUUUUGGUCAUUACUGGCCGAAAGGAUCCAAACAGUGGCAAAAUUGACACAGACAAAGGUGUAGUUGAAAAAUUAACAGCCACUAUAGAUCCUGUCAGUGGAAUAAUUGACUCGAAGUAUGGCAAAAUUGAUCCACAGAAUAAAAAAGUUGUCAUUAAAGAUAAAUCUGGAAAGUCCGUCGUUACUCCAAUUAAAGUCGAUGAUAAUACAGGUCAGAUUUAUAUUGAUGAUAACAUUGUAGAUCCGAAAACUGGUAAGAUCGAUCACAGUUUGUCUCAAGUUAUUAAUGUUGUUGAUCCUCAACAUCCCGCUGUAGUAGUAACUGCCAUUACAACUACAAGAGAUCCCAAGACCGGAGCUAUUGAUUUGAGAAAUGGUAAGACUGAAAUUACAAAUGGUAAAAUUAUACCUGAAACAGGCGAAAUUGUUACAAAACAAGGAACAAUAAAUUUGAAAUUAAUGAGAAUAACUACCAGAGAUCCAAAGUCAGGUAUCAUACAAGAAAGACCGGUCCAAGUAGAUAAAGAUGAUAAUAUUAUUAUUACAUCUGGAGUCAUUGAUCCUAAAACAGGAUCUGCCAGUCCUACUGCUGUACAAGUUAUUCAAGUUGGCCCCGAAGUUGAUCCUGAAAUUCAAAUCAAAACAUAUGUUGGUAAAGUAGAUUCAAAGAAAAAUACUAUCGACCCAAGACACGUUUCACCUGCUGACACCACACCAGGUCUUUAUGAUCCAGAUAGAAAUAAGAUAUAUACUAAGUAUGGCCACCUCGACCCAGUUUUAGAAACUCUUACAAUAGUUGAUCCUAAAACUGGAAAAGCAGACGUUAGACAAGGUCACAUCGAACCGAAUACAGGCGAAUUGUUAUUCAAAGGUGGAUUUGCUAAUCCAAAAACUGGAAAGAUUGAAAAAGACUUGGGUAGACUUGUGUCAGUUCAUAUAACUGAACCAGUAAUAGAUUCAAUAGCUUCUCAACAACCGUCUGAAAAAGAACUACAGCAAACUACUCCUAUUAAAUCACAUCCUCAAGUCGAAAAAAAUAUAACAAGGACAACACCAGUAAAGUCUACUUCACCUGUAAAAUCUGCAACUCCAAUCAAAACCAUUCCCGUAAGAUCCGAAACUCCAGUGAAAGAAGUUAUAACAGGUGUGUUACAUCCAAUUGCCAAACACAGAAUUGUAAAAAUUAUGGUAAUUACUGGCAGGAAAGAUCCUAAAACUGGUACUGUUGAUAGUGAAUAUGGUACUGUUGAACAUAUCACGGGGAUUGUUGAUCCAAAGACUGGUUUAGUUGAAACUAAAUACGGCCAACUGGAUCCUACAACAGGAUCUUUGAUAACAAAGGAUACCAGCGGGAAUAGUCAGAUUGUCCAAGGAAAAGUCGACCCUACUACCAACCAGAUCGUUGUAAAUGGAGGUCCUGUUGUAGACCCUCAUACUGGCAAGCUAGAUUCAACUCUGGGACAAGUAUUUUCUAUUGUAGGUCUUAAACAAGCACAGGAUCCUAACCUGGCUCCUAUUCCGAAAAAGAAAAUCAUUAAAAUUACAGUGAUCACUGCUAGAAUUGAUCCAAAGACUGGUAAGAUCGACAACGAAAAAGGACAAAUAGAACAAUCGACUGCUUUACUGAACCCAGAAACUGGUUUAAUCGAAUCUAAAUACGGGCUUAUUGAUCCUAAGAGCGGUAAAAUUAUCAUUAAUGAUCCUAAAUCUGGUAAAGUAGAUGCCAAAUCAGCCCAUGUAAAUGAUGUGAAUGGUCAAAUUAUUGUUUCAAGUGGUGUUCAUGAUCCAAAAACUGGUAAGGUUGAUAAUACACUAGGACAAAUCAUUAGUAUAGCUGGGCAGAAUGAUCCAGUUUUAGAAAUAACAACAAUAACUUGUAAGAGAGAUCCUAUUACAGGUAAAGUUGAUGUGAAUAAUGGCCAAAUGGAAAAUUCUAAAGCACAAAAAGUUUCUGCCACUGGAGAUAUUAAAACAAAAUAUGGUACUAUCAACAUCAAAAACUUAAGGUUGACUACCAUUGACCCAAAAACUGGCAAGGUAGAAACGAGACCUGUUCAAAUCGAUGAAGAGGGUAAUAUAAUUAUAACUACGGGAGUAAAGGAUCCUAAAAGUGAUACAGUUAAUCCAGAUUUAUGCCAAGUAAUAAAACUAGGCUCUGAAGUAGAACCUGAAGUUCAAGUUGUAACAUUUGUAGGUAAAAUAGACCCUAAAAAGAAUACUAUUGAUACCAAGAAUCUUGUACCUGAAGUUUCAAACGGUCUGUAUAAUCCCACAUCACAUAAAAUUGAUACUAAAUAUGGCCAAAUUGAUCCAAUAAAAGCUACCUUAACAUACACUGAUCCAAAAACUGGUCGUGUUGAAGUUAAACAGGGUAUAGUAGAUAACUCCACUGGACAAAUUCUCUUCAAAGGGUAUAUCAAUCCAAAAACUGGCAAACCUGAUCCAAAUUACGGAAGACUCGUGGCAAUACUUAUUACCGAUCCUAAAAUUACUGAUUCGGGAGAGAUUGUUAAGAAAGAUAGUAAGAGAGUCCGAAUUGAUCCCAAGAGCAACCAAGUUUGGAUUUACGAUUAUAAUGAUCCUAUUACAAAGGAAGAAGUUUACACUACUGGACAUAUUGAUCCUGUGACCGGUUAUAUAGUUUCUGUUUAUGGUCACGCAGAUCCAAAAUCAGGCUCAAUCGCUAAAUUGAACAAAGUCGAUCCACAUAAUAUUAAAGUCGAUCCUGCAUCUAAUCAAGUAUUCACAAAGACAGCGGAAGUUGACGAGAGUGGUGAACCUUUGUAUUCUGCCUCAGAAAUUGACCCUAAGAACGGCCAGAUUUACACCAAAUACGGUAAGAUAGACCCUAAGACAGGUAAAUUUGUAAUUGUGAGGAUAUAUCUGAUAACACAAAACGAUCCACAAGGAAAAGCUAAAGAAAUUGAUCCUAAGGAUUGUCAGUUCGAUGAAAAAACUGGACGUAUUAUAAACGUAUCCACACAAACUGUAUAUAUCUACAGCAUGGUAGAUCCAAAAACAGGAAAGAUUGUACAAGUAGAUCCAAAUGAUCCUCUGGUGAAGAGUGCUAGUACCAAAGUGACUCAAGUUUUAACACUUACCGGCGAAAUUGAUCCAGUAACCGGAAAAAUACAUACAGAAUGGGGUCAUAUUGAUCCUCAAACCGGAGAUAUCGACCCAAAAACAGCCAGACGAGAUCCAAUAACUGGCGAAUUAGUUUUGAACUACGCUCAGAUAGACCCAAGCCACUUUAAAGAUCUCAAAGAUACAAAAGUAAAGGUAAAGACGUACACCAAAGGUGAUGAUAGUUCGUCGGGAGAAAGUAGUGAUGACGAUUUGAAUGAAUACGCAGCUGAUAAUUUGGGAGACAUCGCAAAUUUGAAGAUACCGAGGGGCAAGAAAGGAGUUAGUACUCCUGUCAUUGUCAAAACGACGACCAAACAAACUGUUACAAAGGACAAAGACGGCCUUACGCAUAACGUGGAAGAAAGAGUAGAAGAUGGCAGAACUGGUGAAGUUACGUUUUCCACACAAGUAAAUAAGGCGGACGUACCGUCCGACGAUGGCAAAUCACCGUUCGUGACCGCACGCGCAGUCACCACCAGAACGGCUACCACCCAUGAGGAUUUGGGUACGAAUGCUCGUACCCAACAACUCGAGGAGAAAACUGUAGCUCAUUCGAUGACGUCGAGUGCCACACGGCAGGAACAAAGAACGGUUACGCAGGAGGUUAAAACGACCAGUACGGUUGUUAGUGGAGAUCAGCUGGGCAGACGAGACAGCAUUAGUUCGACUAGUUCAGGUGAUUCAGGCACACCCAUUGAUCCGCCUGACGAUCCCAAUCAUCCAUAUUACAACAGUCCUAUUUACAAGGACAACAUACCAGAAGGAAUAGUACAAACGGAAAGUAUUGUUUACCGUGGAGAUCCGACCAUUAUUCACUCUACGACGAACGUCCCAGUAGUAGCUACCGAAGCGCGUAAGGUCAACUUGACCUCAGACGAUGGAUCUUACAGCGCCACUGGCGAAAUCGUCAGCUCACAGACUAUCAGUUCUAAAACUAGAACUGUAGAAACGAUAACGUAUAAAACUGAACGAGACGGGGUUGUCGAAACGAGAGUGGAACAAAAGAUAACGAUCCAAUCAGAUGGAGAUCCAAUCGAUCAUGACAAAGCUCUGGCCGAAGCUAUUCAAGAAGCAACAGCUAUGAAUCCCGAUAUGACCGUAGAAAAGAUCGAGAUUCAACAACAGACCACACAGUAACAUGUCUGGGAUUAUUUUUUAUAUAUAAAUAGUGUACACUUUACAUAUUUUUUAUUCCAGAGCGAUUAGCACAAGUAAAGGUGUUACACUGGUUAGCUCCCCACAAACUAAAUGUUAGGCAUACCCCCCUUUGCAAAGCUUAAAUGUAAAUUAUUUAACAGGUAUGUUUUAACACGUGACAAGACAUCUCGUAACGCGACACUUCGUAACCCCACAAAUGGUAACCGAAAAUUCGUAAUAUCGUCAGUUCGUAACGGCGAAAAUUCAUAACGGCAGAAUUCGUACGUCAAUAUGGAAUUAUUCUGUUUAUUUUUGUUAACUGGAAACUAACUUUUAUUACAGUUACAGUUGAAAUUACGUUUAUCAAUUUAACGAACCAUCAUCAGGAUAAACACUUUUGACAUAUUUCAUGGAGAAAUAAAUAUAUUUUUAAAAUUAUGUCUUUAAAUAAAUAUAAACUACCUGAAACAGAACAUAUAAGUAAAUAUAAAUAUCGAGGUUAGUAAUGUAGGUAAAUUGUAUUAAUUUAUUGUAGUAAAUACAUUAUUAUUAAACUGUUUUUAUUUGUUUCAUUGCUCUUCAGACUUAGUUUUACUACUUCGAGUCAAGUGGUAAUUCAUAAUAAUAAUUAAAAAAAAUUCUUUUGUUGUCAUAUGAGUGCAAAAAGACGUGGUCUUAAAAAAAGUACCAUUACGCUGUUACUAUUUGUGGGGUUACGAACUGUCGCCUUACGAGGUGCCAUGGAACCUUAUAACAAUAUCGAAAGUGUUUAUUGAUGUAAAAAAUCGUGCUUGGGACACAAAGUUUAUCCUCUCAAAAGAAAAUCCGCUUUGUAUGUAUAUUUAAUGUAAUAUUUGUUAAAAAAAAGUUGGUAUGCGUUUUUGGCAGUUCUACAUGUAGAAAAAUACUUUAGUGUUGCCGGGAGCUGACCUAAUCACGAUAAUUUUGAACAUAAAGCAUCUGCUUUGGUAUGUCUUUUUUAAAUUAACCUUCACAUCUAAGCUUUUAAAAUAAUUUUAUUUUCUACUAUUUAUCACAGGUUGUUCUUUAUUUUUAUGUAUAUUUUGAUUUGGGCAGGUAUAGGUGAGAUUUUUUUUGUUUAUAUACAAUUUUAUAUUCGUGUCAAACACUAUUUCUACAUUUUUUAUUUAUAUAUAUUUAGUAUAUAACUUAUUUACUUCUAUGUAUUAAAUGUGUGUUUAAACAAUAGACUUGAGUAUUUCGGUAAAUUUUAAUACAGUUUACAAUACAUGUAGAUAGUGGUUUCAGAAUUAGCGUUUGUAUAAUUCAAAACCAACAAUUAUUAUAAAAAAUAAAAUAUUUUUAGAUAUAUUUUACCUUAUAAUUGAAGACAAUAUUUUUUUGUAAACACAUUUUUUUAGUUUUUCUCUGUCUCAUGUCAUGUCAGACUAAGAGAGACUAAGGUUAUUGGUAACGUUAAUAAUUAUUUUUGAAAUUUGUAUCUUCGAAUAAAAUUUAUACAAACUCAAAAUGUAUUAUUAAACGCCUUAGCAGAUAUUCCUCGAAAUACCCAAAUGUAACAAAGAAAAGAAAAUUUUCGCUGGCCAGCCUCAAUGUCUUAUUUAUUGAGCCAUUAACUUUUACUUCUGAGCGACUCAGAAAGCGCGGAGAGGGAAGACAUCUGAUGAGUAAGGUACGUGAGAUAGAGCACAUCAAAGUCAUAAACAUGGCAUAUAGUAUUUGUUUGUUUAUAUAAUUAAUUACAACUACCAACUCCGCAUAGUGACUGUGUGAGUUUUGCUUUCUUCGACGUUUUUUAAUAAGAUUCUUCAGAGUACAUUGGUUUACACACAGAGUACACAGACUGUCGUUUUGUCAGAAGGUAAGAAGUGUUUCUACAAGACUCGUUUUAUUUUAUUAUGAAUAAAUUGGUUUUGAUGUCAUAUGUCAUAUUAUCUGACUCACUUUUAAUCGGUUUAGUAAUGUAACUUUACAAUAUACUUUAUUUGUUGGAUGUUGGAUUAUGUUUUAUUGUAAACAAAGAACAAAGUAGAAUCCAUUUCACCUAUAAAGUAUAUAUAACGUAUAAAUUCUGAGACCAUCUAAUAAUUUGAACUGUAUUUUCUUUUAUAAUUUACUGAAAACUCUAUAAUAUAGCUUGGUCAACCAGCUAAAGAUGCUUUGCUGAUCGAUAAAAAAAAUACAUGCAUACUGCAUAAGGUGCUUUAAAAAAUAUUAAUUGUAUGAAUCUCAAAAAGUAACAACAAAUGUGUUCAACAAAGAAUUAAAAAAAUAUAGAGUAUGCAAAAAUUUUAUGUCUUAACCACAUUCCAUAUACUUAUUGAUAAUAAAGUGUCUAUCAGUAUGAUGUUGAUAUUUGAAAAAUUUUAUUUGUUCUCGACAAUUUAUGGUAGCUAUUUUAAGCUAAUUUAGAAUAUAAGAGACCUCCACGUUUCAUAGUUAAUGACAAUAAGUGCCACAAAAUUAAGUCUGAUCUCAAUUCCUUCGAUUUUAUGUAGACCGGUACGUAUAAACUAUAAAAAGGGAUUAAAUGAUUACAAUUAUGUUGAUUUUUUUUUUUUUUCAAAUAAAUGUCCGAAACUGGUAAAUGUUUGAUGAUAUCGCAAAACUCCUAAUUGAAAGCGUUGAUAUUUCCUAGAACCACAUACAAUAACCAAAACUAAAGACAUAAUCCAAGACUUUGAUAUAAUAAUAUAGACCUACAUAAUAUAUUACUUCGGACAUGUAAAGAAAAAGACGAAGAUCUAAAGAAAAAAAAGUCAUGAAGUCGAUAACUGACAUAAUCAAGCGAUAUGAUGAUAUAUGAAUCUUACAGUAACGUAUUUUUAUCCAAAAUAAUUGAGUUGUAAAGAAAGGAGAGUGAUAUGAGAUUCCAACAUUAAUUUGUUAAAGUAAACAAAAAAGAAAUAUUGGGACCGUGCAAGUUCGGAAGAGCGACACCUGGUGUCAUAGCUCAGCAACAUUUUUAGCACUUUUAAUUAUACUACUGGAUAAGGAAAUCAUUAAACCAAUAAGGAACUCAUUUCCUUAUCCAGUAGUAUAAUGGACUCGCAUUGGCAACCCUUUUAGCACUUUUAAUUAUAUUGGCCAAUUAUAUUAGUCCUAGUUACUGGAUAAUUGUCAAGGCCAUAGCCCAAAAAAUAAUAAGAAAAAGUAAGAUUGAGGUUAUGAUAUUAAAAGAUAAACUUUGGUAUACGGUAGGGUAUGUAGUAAAUAAAAUUAAUUAUUAAAAUGCGGUACUACAAGCAAAAUAAAAUUCAUUAAGUUCCCUUUAAUAAUUGCAUAUCAUAUCAAUAUUGUGGAGCAACAUAUAAUUUUUACUAUUUAUAACAACAUUUGCGAAAUCCCAUUUUCUUCAAUGACAGAAAUAUACGUCUAGUUGACGUCAUGUUUGACAAUCUGAAUUAUUUAAGAAAUAUGUUAAAAGUUGCAAUAUUUCUCCGCUACUCACGCACGAUCGUUUCUCGUAUCCCCUCCAAGUACUUGCACACGGCGAAUAGGAGAAAAUAUCGGCAUUUCCCAAACUAAAGGUCUCGACACAAUGUUUACUCGCUAGUGAAUAAUAGAUGGGUGAAAAAUAGGCCGAAAAUCACAUAACCGACCUAACAACCGGCUGGCCACUGAUUCGAUGGAUGGUAGCACCCUGUAUGCAUGAUAACACUUUGACUCCUACUUCGGAGAAUAGGUGAAACCUGUUUGAUGAAGCUCUAGAACCCCUCCUUCCCUUCAGUACCGCAUUCUGUUUGGGGCGUGAUUAUCAGUGAUGACUAAGAUUGAUAAAUACCUAAACACAAUUUGGUUUGGACCAAUCAAACUCAUUGUGAAUAAAAAUGACAUAACAUUGAUGUCUAUAAUGAUAAUGAUCAAAUAACACUCCUUGUAAUCAAUUAAGUAUGAAGUAAUAACCACCAACGUAGAGGUACUGAACCGAAUGGGAAAACAAAAAGAAAUCUCUUUCACAAUUAAGAAACGGAAACUUGAAUACCUCGUUCAUAUUAUGAAACAUGAUAAAUAUCAUAUACUCCAACUGAUAAUACAGGGUAAAAUAGAAAACAAACGCGGACCCGGAAGAAGAAGACACUCAUGGCUUCAAAACUUACGCCAAUGGUUUGGACUAACAUCGAUCGAGUUAUUCAGAAACGCCGCAAACAAAAUUAAAAUUGCUAUGAUGAUAGCCAACGUCCGCAACGGAUAAGGCACAUGAAGAAGAACAAUAUUUGUUGUGUCUCAUUUGAAGAAUCGUUCAUUCAUAAAGUUUGCCCAUUUGUCUUCAUGGCACCAAUAGGUGAGUCCCGAAUUGAGUAGAUUUUAUGAGUUGAAUCGAGGUCCAUUCAACUGAUGUAUAUUCUUUUUCUCAUGAUCAUCUUUCAGUGCGUCACAGUUUUUCGAUUUCUUUCUAACGCAUUAAAUUGUAUGUGACAGAAAACACGAAAGCACGUCCGUGAUUACAGACAUUUACAACAUUUAUUCUAGUUGUCGAUAGAUUGCGCCAUAAUAAAAAAAAAUAAUUAUUUUUAAAUUAGAUAAUAAUAUUACAAAUAUAAUCUGUAUAAUUUAUAAGACUAUACAAAUCAAAGAAAAUACCAUUUUAUAAAUACAAGAAACACAUUUGAUUUGUUUUUAUUCCAAAUUGCAAAUAAAAUGUAACAACUGUCAGAUUUAACUAAAAUGUCAAAUGUGUAUUAUCACGGACUUACCCUUUUUUCUAUCAUUUGUUACGCACUGAAAAAUGCUCAUGAAAAGAACAAUAACAUACUUGUCAUUUAAUCAAUUUUUAUUAGUUUUGCGUGUAGGUUUGCAUAUUAUAGGUGUAUCCAAAUAAACAGUUUAAUCCAAGUAUACCUUUGUUGGGCUAAAUGUUGAAACUUACAAAUUUAAUUUUAAAUAUAUGAACCAUGACAUGUAUUUUUUAUAACGCAUUAACUAGUUGUCUUUCUACGUGUUGCAAAUAUUUAUUAACUUAGCAAAGGUUUUGAUUAAAACAAAGCAAAAUGUCGUACUUGCAUUUUUUGCUUUCUUUUGUUUUUGGGAUACCAUAAAAAUUUAUAGCUGUCACAUAGCCUUUCAGAAAAGAUGAAAAUUAAAAGCAAACAGGCGGACACUAAUGAAUUUUUAAAAGUUCAUCAAUAAAGCAAAUCUUUAAGUUGAUUUGCUGCUAAACUAGAAGCAAAAAUAGUGCAGCUGGAAUACCAUCUAUUAAUAAAUAUACUUGUGCCAAAAACUCAACAUUUUUGCAAUUCAUUUGUUUAUAGCAGUUCCAAUCGUUGUAUUUCUGCAUUAAUAUUGAUAACUUUCAGUCAUAUUUGUAGAUUUUACAAAGAAUAAGAGAUUUUUUAGAAAGAUGACUAGUUGAUGCAUUAAUGUUUAAUAUUUUCCGCAGAGCUUAUCGGUUAUAACAAACUAUUUUUCUCCGAUAAGUAAUUCUGCUUUGAAACAAACUACCUAGUAUUUAGUUUUUAUAUAAAUGAAUGUAUUUGUGGUAUUACUCAAAGUAGAUGCACCUGAGGAUGGUCGUAUUUUACUUUAUCCCUGUCUAAUACAGAAUUCGGAUUUUGAACAGCAAUUUUUCUAUAGUAUUGCUUUAUUUUAGGUAUAGUUGUUCGUACAUAAUUCACAUUUGUUUUAUUUUUUAAUUUUAUUUGAAUAAAGAUGUUUGAAUAAAAUAA